CGUGUGGCGCUGCAAGCCGUUCGGACGUGUUCUUUUAUGCGAUCCCGGGCAUUGUUAGUUUUACGCCUUUUUGUCAAGUACUACGUGUAGUGCGGUGUCUGGUUAUAACCCAGUGCUUUUCUAUCUCUGCACGCGAAGUCUUUUAGCCAUUGUGUCGGUUUGUUUUGGGCAUUCCGGCCAAGCACGGGGCUCCAUCGCCCAGUGGCAAAUCAUAAUGCGAACGAAGAUAUGAUUUGCUUGAAUGAAGAACCCUCGACCUCGUGUGAGCGAGGGACCAAGAUCCUGCCCGGUGGAAAGAAGGGCAACAAACGUUCCUUUAGUGACACGGAGGCCUUUCUUGCCCCAUCAAAAGGUUUGCUCUCUCGCUCUGCCGACGCAAGUGACAACGACGUAGGCCUAUCAGAGGAAAUCUGCAACGACAAUCCAGGGCAAAGCUGUGACUGACGCCAUGGCUGCGGUUGUCAGUACCAAAUGGGGUGCUCAACCAGAAUCCAUGUUAUGCCUGUAUAGAGCUAUCUUUAGAGGUGCCAUCGAAUAUGGAAGUCUCAUAUUCCGGAUUAUUGGAAACAGAAGAGUUUUUCUCAAACUGGAGAGAUUACAAUACCGUGCCAUCAGACUUGCAUUGGGAUAUAGGAUGUCAACCCCGAUCAAUAUCAUGCUCGCGGAGGCCAAAGAGGUACCUUUGGAAACAAGAUUUAUCUACCUUUCCGACAAGUUUCUUUACAAAGCAUACUCGUCCAAGUUUAACCUUGUGACUCGCAGUCUGCGUCGGUUGGAGUCUCUCACCACUUCGGCGGCUACUCAGGAAAAGGCAAAAAGAACGAUACCCAUCUUUUCAAGAUUCAUCGCCACCAAACAUGCUCUAGAUUCCAUGCAUCGAUCAUCUUUUUUACCUGCCUUCUACUACGACUACCAUACAUCCAUUUACCGGAAGGAUUUUGAUUUCAGUAUGCCAAUUGGUCAAAAGGACUCAUCACCAAUGGAAGUUUUAGCCAAGUUUCAAGAGUAUUACGCGGAAGUUCCCUUAGAAACAACGGCAUUCUACACGGACGGCUCCAGAUCUGAUAAAUCAUCCAUGAUUCCAAGAGUGUUCUUGAGUCACUUGCUUCUGUGAACGACAAGCGUGGCAACUACAUUAUACAUCAAAUCAAGAACAAGCUCUGCCUUGCGGACUCGCGUAACGCCAACAUUACUCUCUGCUGGUUACCCGCCCACAAGGGCAUCGUUGGAAACGAGAAAGCUGACAGACUAGCUAAAUUCGCCGCUUCAAACGGUAGAAGGCCUCUCUUUGAAAUCCCUUACUCAGACCUCCAGGUCGAGGCCAGGGAACACCGGUCAACAUCCUUCAAGAAUUAUCUGGAGACUACAGCUUUCGUUAAAGGCGCUCAAUAUUCUAGUCUAUACUUAAACUAUUCUGAAAAACCCUGGUUCUACAAUAAAGGUCUGAAGAGGGAA